AGCCUAUCGCAAUGGAUCAAAGUUACGAGAGCCUCAUGUCCAUGAGCGAAGUCAGACCCAUGAUAGUGUCUCCGCACAUGUCACCACAGCUGAACGAGACCAUUUGCGGUUGUCGUUGCGGCUGUGGAUGUGGCUGCGCCGGACACGGCAAUGGCGACGACAAUGGAUGGAUGAGUGAUAGCGAGACGGCAAACGACUCGAAUCACUCUGAUGACGAGGGAGACUCUUCACCUGAGGAGCAGACACACUACCACGAUCUUCGUGGACGUGGUCCCGGUCGCACAUCCCACGAAAUCUUGUCUCCACGUCCCUCGCCGUACCAGGAAAUCGUGUUGCUCCUCGGCAGGCUGGAGAACCUGCAGAUUGGCGAGCCAUCGGUUGGCUUGGAGGAAGUAUCCAUUCACUCGCCGCUACACGACGGCUACGAGGACAUAACAGAAGGCCUGUUGGACCAAGAUUCAAGCCUGGAGAAUCAGAGUAACGCAGUCCCAGGUCGUGCGAACGUGCAGAUGGUUUCCCCAGGUCCAGGCAUCGGUGAGUGGUUGCACGUAAUCGCAGAAAAGACUUGGCUUGAGGAUGUCCAACCGGUGUAUAUCUUCACACCUCUUCGAUUGAGCGCAGAGUAUCAGCAUGCGCGUGGAAAAGCAGUUGAGCAUUUGUUGGUCCCGGAUGAGGAAUCUGUCCCGGACUUGGAGCAGGAGGAAUCCGCAUAGUAGGACUCUUUCAUUGUACGACGUUGUAUCUAUUACUUCUCCAUCGUUAGUUCUGUGGCAUGCAUAUGGAUUUCGGGCGUUCGAGGAUAGGUCGGCAGAUUGUAUUGCAUAGCUGGUAUACUGGCGUUCUGGAAUUUGGAGUCCUUCGUGUACUGAUCACACGUAAGCUCAGUCCGAACCAUAUACAUACUCCUCACUAUCACAUGAUCUUUCUCUCAUGCUGCAG